CAGGGCAGCAGGUUCACCCCAUAUUAAGAGCGAGCGCAGGAGCCGGAGGGCGAGUCGCGCUGACCGGGGGUGACAAUGGAGGGCGACGGCGUGCAAGGCAAGGGCAGCGCGCUCCCUGUGCGGAACUGCCAGGAGAAAGCCUUCCCCAGCGACGGAAAGGCAGCGGAGCAGCAAAAUGCCGCCGCGACGCCCAUGCUGGCAGCGGGGGAGGCCGAGGACCCGGAAAAAAACAUGUCGAGGAGCAAAGGCAAGGAUCCCACCUACAAAGUCCUGUCCCUGGUAUUGUGUGUCAUUGUGCUAACAACAAUCCUAGGGUGUAUAUUUGGAUUGAAACCUAGCUGUACAAGAGAUGUCAAAACCUGCAAAGGUCGUUGCUAUGAGAGAACAUUUGGAAGUUGCCGCUGUGACAGUGAAUGUGUUAAACUUGGAAACUGUUGCUUGGAUUUCCAAGAAGCCUGUAUAGAAUCUGCUCAUAUAUGGACCUGUUCUAAAUUUCGAUGUGGAGAGAAGAACCGUCCGGAAUAUCGCUGUUCUUGUUCUGAUGACUGUGUGAAAAAUAAUAAUUGCUGUUUCAAUUAUUAUUCAGUAUGCCAAGGUAAGACAAGUUGGCUUGAAGAAAAAUGUGAAAACAUAAAUGAACCCCAAUGUCCAGAAGGAUUUACAAAACCUCCAGUGUUGUUGUUUUCCUUGGAUGGAUUCAGAGCAGAGUAUUUGCACACAUGGGGUGAACUUCUUCCUGUUAUUAACAAAUUACGGAAAUGUGGAACAUACACCCGUGGCCUGAGACCAGUAUAUCCGUCAAAAACAUUUCCCAAUCAUUACAGCAUUGUUACGGGCCUUUACCCGGAAUCCCAUGGUCUAGUGGAUAACAAAAUGUAUGAACCAAAGAGAAAUGCUUACUUUACGUUAAAAAAUGCAGAGAAAUUUAACCCACUAUGGUAUCAGGGACAACCGAUUUGGCUGACAGCUAUGUACCAGGGACUAAAAGCAGCUACAUUUUUCUGGCCUGGUUCAGAUGUUGAUGUUAAUGGAACUUUUCCAAAUAUUUACCGAUUAUACAAUAGAUCAGUACAAUUUGAAGAAAGAAUAGUAACUUUUCUCAGUUGGCUACAGCUACCAGAAGACAAAAGACCACACUUUUACACUCUGUAUUUAGAAGAACCAGAUUCCUCAGGUCACAAAUAUGGACCAGUCAGCUCUGAAGUUAUUCUUGCACUGCAGGGUGUAGAUAAGAUGGUUGGGUUGCUGAUGGAUGGUCUUAAACAAAUGAACCUGCACAAUUGUAUUAAUAUUAUUCUCCUUGCUGAUCAUGGGAUGGAGGCAGCUAGCUGCAGCAAAGCAGCUUAUCUCAACAAAUACUUGGAUAGUGUUCAAAAUUUGUUUGUGGUACCUGGCCCAGCAGCUCGCUUAAGACCCCAAAACGUUCCAGAUGAGUAUUACUCUUUUGAUUAUGAAGGCCUUGUCAGAAACCUUACAUGCGUAGUCCCAGAUCAGCAUUUCAAGGCUUACAUGAAGCACUUGCUUCCCAAGCGAUUUCACUAUGCCAAGAAUGACCGGAUUGAACCAGUACAUUUUUAUAUGGACCAGCAGUGGCAGUUUGCUCGGAUGCCUUCUGAACUUAAAUAUUGCACUGGUGGAUUCCAUGGGUCAGACAAUGUAUUUGCAAAUAUGCAGGCUCUGUUUAUUGGAUUUGGACCUGAUUUCAAGUUUCAAACUGAGGUCGAGCCCUUUGAAAACAUUGAAAUCUACAAUCUAAUGUGUGAUCUACUUGACUUGACACCAGCACCCAACAAUGGAACUCAUGGAAGCCUCAAUCACCUUCUAAAGAAACCCACUUAUAUUCCAAAGCAUCCCAAAGAAGAAAGCAGUCCCUCUUCGUGCCCUUUCACAGGGUGGAGAACCUCUGCAGACAGUCCCCGUUGCUCAUGUAGUUCUUUGGGCUUGCCGCGAAUUCGACCGCUGAUGAAUCUCACAAUUUCAGAAAUGAAGAAAUUAGAAAAACACAGUUUACCAUUUGGGAGACCUAGAGUACUCCAAAAGAAGCAAAAUUACUGCCUUCUUCAUAACCACCAUUACAUCAGUGGAUUUAGCCAGAACAUCAAGAUGCCUCUGUGGAGUUCCUAUACUAUCACAAAGCAGGACAACUGGAAUGCUUCUGCAGAAGCUGUCCCAGCCUGUUUCUAUGUGGACAACCGUAUUCCUUUGAAUGGCAGCCAGACCUGUUCAUUUUACAGAAGCCAUCCUCAGCUAAACUACGGAUUCCUUUUCCCACCAAAUGGGAUAAAAGAUGAAAGAAACAGUAAAUAUGAUGGAUUUUUUUCAAGCAAUAUUGUACCAAUGUAUCCUGCUUUUCAAGCAAUAUGGAACUAUUUCAGUGCUGUCCUACUGCCAACAUACACUUCAGCAAGAAAUGGUGUAAAUGUAAUCACUGGUCCCGUAUUUGAUCGUGACUACAAUGGUGUGUACGAUACUCUUGAGGAAAUGAAAAGACUUGCAAAAGGUUCAGAAGUCCCAGUUCCAACUCACUACUUCAUUAUUUUGACAAGUUGCAAAAAUGUUUCCCAGAGUCCUUUGCAAUGUGAAGGAUCCCUUGAUGUUGUAUCUUACAUUGUACCUCACAAAGAAGACAAUGAUGAAAGCUGUGCAACCGGCAAACCUGAAUCCUUGUGGGUUGAAGAGAGAAUGCAGUUUCAUACAGCAAGAGUCCGAGAUGUAGAACUGCUUACAGGACUUAGCUUUUUCCAUGAUAGAAAACAGCCUGUAACUGAUAUUUUACAGUUAAAAACAUACUUGCCAACUUUUGACCAGGCCUGAUUUUUAAUUAUUGUACCCUGUUGGAUUUAUGUACAUGAAACCAGAGACUAUAUUACAGAAAGAAAUGCUUUUCAAACAUGCUAAAAGGGUUCCUGAGUAUGUUUGAUCACAAUGCAAGCUCGAAGGAAUCUGUGCCACAAUUGUAUCUCAGGGACAUAAAUUAUGAACCAAGUAUAACAGAGGUGAGCUGUUUUUCUCAGCCUUAUUAUCCACAUGAACACAGUAGAUGGUUUGUAUCUGGUUGUUAAAGCCAAUAUACCAGGAUUACAUGAACAGACGCACAUGUGAAUCAAUAUGUCUUUUGAUCUAUGUUACAAUGCACCAGAGUUAUUUUGUCUUUUUAUACAGUGAAAAAUGUUCACUUUUGUUAAUCCACUAAGUGGCAUGUAUAUUUCAGAAAAUUACAAAUAAUAUAAAGACUGUAUAAAAUAUUGCCAUGUUUGGAUGUUUUUUUCUAUUCUGUACUGGAUGUUUAAUAAAUUCAAUUUAAUUUAU